AUGGCAGACGUGAAUGCGCCGGAAGCCGAUGAGGAAACGGUAGCAACGAGGAAAGUGUCGAUUCAGAACACUUAUCCACCAAGAUUGGUGGUCAUCUUUAAGUGCAGCAUCUUUGAAAGGCCGGUAUCCACCCGCCGACAAAGCUCAGUCGUCAAGACUCGGUUUAUGGCAACGACGUUGGCAUUCCGUCGCAGACACUCCGUCGACAAUCGCGGGCAGUUGGUGGUGGAGCGCGAAGUUGAACACGAUGCCGAUGAGGGUCAUGAAGAAGAGCGGGUUGAGCAAAACCUGGCGGAGCACCUGUUUCGGGUUGAGUGCGAGGGGAGAGAAGAGAUGGACCAGAAAAAUGAGGUUAAUGAGUAUGCGUGGAGUGGAACGAAAGAGGAGAGGAACAUGCUGAAAACCACUCCGCUCGAAAAUAGCAACACAACCGUUAAAAGUAUGCCUCGAAAGGGAUCAUUUUAA